CGCAGCGCGCAGUGUGACGUCACAUGAAUGGCUGAUACAUCUUCCUCUGUGUGUGUGUGUGUGUGUGUGUGUUGCUGAGAGAAGCUUACAACCUCACGAUCUAACUGUGUGAAUCUUAUGGACUGGCAAACUGAUGGAAGAGAGAAGACGUUAUGAAAGACACUGAUUCAAGAGAAGGCGUCAAAGAUGGCCCAAGGUGUGAUGGUGCUCAAAAUGAUCACAAUGAUGAAGAGGAGACCCCCAUAAGGUCAAGCUUCUCUGUGGAGGACCUUCUAGAUGAGGUGGAGAAGAUCAGCAGUGUUCCCACAUAUGGCAAGAAGGUGGAGAUUGUGGUUAGACUGUGGAAAGAUGGUUUUACUGUGAAUGAUGAGGAUUUGCGCAGCUACUCCUCAGAGGAGAAUCAGGAGUUCCUUGAAGCUCUUAAACGAGGGGAGUUACCUUUGGAACUGGAGGGAAGAGCAGAUGAGGAGGAGCUGGAGGUCAGUGUGGAGGACAUGAAGGAUGAAAUGUAUGUCCCAAAGAAGAAGACCUUCCUGCCUUUUAGUGGCAGAGGAUACAGACUAGGCAGCGUGGCACCUAGAGUUGUGGUCAGGUCUCGGUCAAUCCACGAAGAUUGCUCUGGCCCCCCAGUCCCUCCAGUGGAGCUGGAUGAAGCAUUGCCCAUCACUUGUCUCCAGAUCUGGCUAGCAGACGGCCGGCGGCUAGUGCAGAGGUUCAACCUUUCUCAUCGAAUCAGCGAUGUCCAAGGCUUUGUAGAGAAAGCCCAGACAACAAGCUCCCCAUUCAUCUUAACCACAUCUCUGCCUUUUCGGGAGCUCACACAGGAGAAUCUGAGCCUGGAGGAGGCUGACCUGACAAAUGCUGUUAUUGUCCAGCGGCCUCUCAGCACACAAGCACCUUUUGGCCACUCCUGAAUGAAGUCACCUUAACUGGUCACCGUAAAGUAUGGAGAAACACUUUAUGAACUUUUUCUAGAACACAACCGCUUGCAGUAAUUAAUCCUUACAAAGCUGCUUAAAAGUCUAUACAACUGCAGACCUCUUUGCAUUAAUCCAGUUUGAAAACUCUACUAUGAACUCCACCGUGAAGAAUAAAAGAAUGGAAAACUUUUGUGGAAGAAAUUUCAUCACUAUCACCUUGUUCAAUCGGAGUGCAAUAACCAUGUAUUGGUGGUCUAAUAGUCAUGUGUAAAUGCUGCACCUAGUAUAAACACAAUAAAUAUUACAGAAUUUAUAUAGAUAAGGUUCAAAUAAGUGACUGUCAUUCUUUGUUCUUCCCUUGUUGGAUGCCUUGAGCACCUCUGAUGCAAUGCAGUACACACAUGCCACGUCUUCAAUAGCAAUGUUCAAUAAAUAUCUGACUGAGACUGCGCUGUGAUUGAUUUAAAAAUAAGUACUAAAUGCACUUCUCUGUUUAUCGCAGACUUGACUGAGGCUUGUGUUACCAUGAUGAUAAUAUUAUUUUUGUGUGUGUUAAAAUAUUUGCUGGUUCGCUGUUAUGAAAUUCAAGACAGAAUUUAUUUGCAAGUGGAAGAUAUGUACAUGCACUUUAAACGAAGUGAAAAGUUCUUUUGUACUGGAGCUUUGCUUGCAAUAAACCCAUUAAACAAUUGA